AUGUAUGGAAAAGAAGGUCGCCGUGUAGAAUAUCCUGCCUUUCCAUGUUCCACAAUCAUUUUGAGUAAUCCACCAGCUGCAGGAGAUUGUCAUGGUUGUCCCUUCAAACACCAGGACCAUCAGCUGCUUGCCCAACGGUUAGAGAAAGAUGGAUUGAAUAGGGAACAAAUAAACCAGGUUCUGAGUGGAGCACGUUCUAAGAGCAAUCACCUGAUUCAGUCGCACAGCUCACAAAUGCCUGCACAGAUGGUCAAGAAGGAGGAGGACUUUUCGGAUAGCGAACAAUAA